AUGCUCGGCCUGGAUGUCGUGACGCCAUCUGGCGACUUGAAGGAUCCGGAGUCCUUGAAGAACCAGUUGAACCAGCUGAAAGGCGGGAAGGUGGAUGGCAUCAUGGCAGAUGUAUGGUGGGGUGCCACCGAGCCAAGCGCAAAGUCCUACAAGUUUGACGGCUACAGACAGCUCGUGGAUAUGUGCAAGGGCAUUGGCCUGAAGGUGCAGCUGGUGACCUCCUUCCAUCAGUGCGGGGGCAAUGUGGGCGACAUUUGCGACAUUCCCCUGCCUUCCUUCGUAACUGCCCAGCAAGACAUCUGGUACAAGGACCAGCAUGGCCACGAAGACAAGGAGUACAUCUCCCUCUUCGCCGACAACGUCACGAUUGAAGGUCGAACCCCUUUGCAGAUGUACAGCGAUUGGUUUGCGGCGCUUUCAUCCAGCUUCGCAGCAGACUUAGGCGGCGUCAUUGAGGAGAUCCAGGUGGGCAUGGGGCCCGCUGGCGAGCUCAGAUAUCCUGCCUAUCAGCUUUCUGAAUGGAAGUUUUGUGGCGUCGGCGCCUUUCAAUGCUACGACGCCAAUGCUCUCAACAACCUGGCUGCCGCUGCGAAGAGUGCAGGACAUGCAGAGUGGGACAAGCCUCCCACAGAUGCGGGAGACUAUAACAGUCGCCCAGGUGACGCAACUUUCUUCCAGAACGGGUACCAGUCAGACUUUGGCAAGUUCUUCUUGAAGUGGUAUUCCGAUGCACUUCUUCAGCACGGUGCGGAGGUGCUCCAUCGCGCCAAGAAAGCAUUCUCACAGUCUGGCGUUCGCUUGGCGGGCAAAGUUUCUGGGAUCCAUUGGUGGUACAAGAGCGACCACCACGCCGCCGAACUUACUUCAGGUUACUACAAUGCGAACAGCAACGAUGCCUAUGACUCUAUCGCAGCGACCUUUGCAGCAACAGGUGCCAGCAUCGACUUCACCUGCAUGGAGAUGGCCGACUCGGAGCAGUCCGCUGACUGUGCCUCAGGCCCCGAGGAGCUCGUGCAGCAGGUGAUGAAGGCAACACGGAGUCGCGGCAUCGCCCUGGGCGGAGAGAACGCGCUCCCCAGAUUUGAUGACACUGCGUACGGCAAGAUCGAAUCCUACAAGUCAGGCAUGGAGGUGUUUACUUACCUUCGCCUGGGCAGUGAUCUUCUGAACGGAGACAACUGGAAUCGCUUCCAGGGUUUCGUGAGCAACAUGCACUCGGGGAGCUCUCUGGAGACGUUGCUCGUGUGA